AUCGCGUUCGACAAUCGGCACAAUCUGCGUACAAGGAAUUGUGCAAGAUGCCUAGAUCCAUUCCUUGGAUGGCGCCUAACGGAGGAAAGCAAGGGCAACCUUCUGAUGCCUCUAAGCGUAAACGUUCUAGCGACGUGAUUGACCUCACCGGCGACAGCGCCGAGACGCGUCCGGCUCCGAAGACGCCGCGCACUUCUUCUACGCGAACACCUACACAUUCACAGAGCUCGGCCGGCCCAAGUUCUUCUGCUGCUAGAAGCAGACAGUAUGGUCGUACCCCUUCAUGGACUCAACCCAGCCCUUCGCAAGGAAAUCGCUCAGCUUAUGUUCCACCGUGGACUCCGCCAACUCAGCACAGCCAGGCUGAACGCGAUGCUUGGCUUCAAGAAGAAGACAAUGACAUCUUCGAGAAUGUAGCAUCUUCCCAGAACGUUCCUGCAGCUUACGAACAAUACCAGAAAUAUGGUACUGUGGACACCAAAAUCGUUGGUGUUCGAUUCUACACAGGUUUUGCGACUGUAGGAGAGAGAAUUACCAUCAAGCGAGAACCAAGCAACCCGUAUGAUCCCAAUGCCAUACGAAUUGAUAACAUGAUGAACGAACAAAUCGGUCACAUUGGACGAAACAUGGCAGCCAAACUCGCAAAGUACAUCGACAACGGCUGGCUUCUUCUGGAAGGAUCGCUUUCUGGAGAAAUCGGUCAAUACGACUGUCCCAUCACAAUGAACCUCUUCGGACCUCCUUUGAGCUCACCUUUGAGCGAAGAAGUACGCGAACGCAUGAUGGUUGACAGGUUACCCACUCAGGACAUUAGUAGGUUCGAGCGCGACCAGAAAAAGAUGCAGCAAACGGCCGAAAGAAAGAUUGCCGCCAACUCUCAAUUCAAAUCGUCCCAAGCACCUGGUCUUGGUGCUAGCUCGCAGGAGCAGACUAUGCAAGACAUUAUCAGUGGUAGUGAACGCUUCAACCCAAGAGAUGUCAGCCGUGCCGCUGAACAAUUCGGUACAUCCGAAGAUGACCUUGCAGCCAUGCCCAAAGCCAAGCAACCUGUACGUCUUGCUACAAAUAUGCUUCCAUACCAGCUACAAGCACUGGCAUGGAUGCUUGACAAGGAGAACCCCAAGGUUCCUGCCAAGGGUUCCAAAGAGUUUGUACAACUCUGGCGUAGACAUGAGCGCUACCCUAACGCGUUCACAAACAUUGCAACCAACUUCUCCAUUAAGGACAAAGAGCCUGUUCUUGCCAGUGGCGGUAUCCUUGCUGAUGACAUGGGUCUUGGAAAGACGCUGGAGAUGAUCUCACUCUUGGUGUCAGAUCUCGAAGACUUUUCGCCGAGUCAGCAAGGCGAACUCGGUGCUACCUUGAUCGUUGCACCUUUGUCGGUCAUGUCAAACUGGAGUGAUCAGAUUGCAAGGCAUGUACGCAAGGACCAGCCAUUACGCGUAUACACCUACCACGGGGCAGGAAAGAAAUCGAUGAGUCCUGAAGACUUUUCUCAGUACGAUGUCGUCAUUACCACCUAUCAGACUCUUGCAAGUGACUGGGCUUCAGGCGGACAGCCACCCAAGUCCAAAGGCUUGUAUUCUGUCCGCUGGAGACGUGUCAUCCUCGAUGAAGGGCACAACAUUCGCAACCCAAGCAGCAAAGGUGCCAGUGCUGUCACCGCGGUAAUUGCGCGCUCACGCUGGGUAUUGACCGGUACGCCUAUCAUUAACUCACUCAAGGACCUGUACUCCUUGCUCCGCUUUAUUGGAAUUACUGGAGGCAUGGAGAAGCUGGAAGUGUUCAACAGUGUGCUUGUUCGUCCAAUCAAGGCGAAUGAUUCGAGUGCGACGGCACUUCUCCAGGCAAUCAUGUCAGCAUUCUGCUUGCGCCGUCGCAAGGAGAUGAAGUUUAUUGAUCUCAAGCUGCCUGAACUGUCUGAGUUCGUUCAUCGUAUUCAGUUUGCAGACAAGGAAAAGGAGAGAUAUAUGGCGUUGUUCCAAGAAGCUCAGGGUACCUUGUCGUCCUACCGCAAGGUCGAGGGUCAAAAGGCGUCAGAAACAUAUCGCUAUCUGUUGGAGAUUCUUCUUCGUCUCCGUCAAGUCUGCAACCAUUGGCAGAUGUGUUCUGAGCGUGUAACCAAUCUCAUGGAGCAGAUCCAGAAGCAGAAGGUUGUCGAAUUGACUCCGGAAAAUCUCAAGGCUCUGCAAGAUGUGCUAUCAUUGAGCAUUCAAUCGCAGGAAGAAUGUCCGAUCUGCCUUGAUGAUCUACACAGUCCUGUCAUCACUCCUUGCGCUCAUGUGUUCGGUAGGGAGUGUAUUGAGCGUGUCAUUGAGACACAAAAGAAGUGUCCCAUGUGUCGUGCAGAGCUCAAGGACAACUCAAUCCUUGUGCAACCAACCAAUGACUUUGGUGAUGAGGCCAAGGAUGAGUCAAUCGACUUUGAUGCUAGCAGCACAAAGCUUGAAGCGCUCAUCGACAUCCUCAAGGCCUCCAAGGGUACAAGCAACAAGACUGUCGUCUUUUCUCAAUGGACCAAAUUCCUCGAUAUCGUCCAAGCUAGACUGGAUCGUGAGGGCUUCAAAUACUGCCGCCUUGACGGUACCAUGUCAGCCGGACUUCGUGACAAAGCAUUGCACGCACUCGAGGAAGACCCUGACUGUACAAUCAUGUUGGCCAGUCUGGGUGUGUGCAGCGUUGGUUUGAACCUCGUUGCCGCCAACCAGGUCAUCCUAUCUGACAGCUGGUGGGCUCCUGCUAUUGAAGAUCAGGCUGUUGAUCGUGUGCACCGUCUAGGACAGAAGAAGAAGACUAGUGUCUUCCGUCUUGUCAUGGAAGGCAGUAUCGAAGAGCGUACUCUUGAUAUCCAAGCGGAGAAACGUAAGCUCAUGAUGAUGGCCUUCCAGGAGAAGGACAGCAAGAGAGGUCGUAACAAGACAUCAAGACUGGGUGAUGUGGAGAAGUUGCUGAGAUAAGGGAACGUGGAGAACCUUUCCCCUGGACUGAGGUGAUACUGUAGACAAAGACGCGUCUCACGACUGAUACGAAAUUGCUUUUGUAAUUGCUUCUUGCUCAUAAUGUAUACAUAAUCCAACCAUACCACC